AACCCUUUUUUUUUUUUAGAUUUUCCUUUUGAUCUGACAAAGGAAAGGAGGGUGUUUUACUGUUUUGAAUAUGAUCUCUGGGAUUGGGUGGUUUCUUUUUUAUUUUUAGUUGCUCCAAUCAUUUAUUUAAAGAUUUUCAAGUUCUGGGUUUUUGCUGGUCUUAGCAGAGUGAUGCAGCUAAGGAGUGAAUGAGUGAGAGAGAGAAAUCCCAGCUUUUUAAGUUCAAAGCUUCAGAGUUUAAUGGCUUUUGAUUGACCGAAUGUAUCAUUCAACUAUCAAAAGAAAGGGAGAGCAGUAUUGGAUCCCAUGACUCUCAAGUUCCAACACUGCUAAACGACGUUUGAGCAGCCCAAGAAGAACCAAAAAGAAAUAAGGAAAAACAUUUAGAAAGUUGCUUUUUUUUUUUUAAAUUUAUUUUUUUGUUACUGCAGUUUCAGGAAUAUAGAAAUCAUAGAAAGGAGAAAAGAAAGUAACUGAAUUUUUUUUUCCUGGUCUGCAAGUUCUGAGAUGAGUUCACGUGAAGAUUACACUGCGUUGUCCGUGAGUGUUGCAAGUAACAAGCUCGAGAAAAGAUGCCUCAGCAUUUGGUGUAUUUGAGAAAAGACUCCUUCACCAAUGCAAUGCAGCUCCUCCUCCUUCACCUUAAAUGCCGUGGCUCUUUCCAGGGUUUUCAAAGUCACUUCAGUGAGUAAAUAAGCUUUUCCCAUUGGUGCUUAUUUCAAGCUUUAGAUCCUGUCUCUUUGCCCAGUCAAAAAAGGAGGGCGUUACUUGCAUUGUUGAAAAUGACCCAAAUUGGGGCGUUUCUUCUUAUACUCAAUCACUCCCAUGUUUUAGUUUUACAAUUUCUUGUGCGUGGAAAGAAUGGCAGAUCUGAAGAUUUGGGGUUUGGGCUGUAAUUUUACUAAGAGAAUGGAAAAGGAGUCAGCUUGCUGAAAGCUGGGAUUUUGCUAUUGUUUUGGAAAGUUGAAACGUCAAAUGUCUCCCCGUACGGAAACCAAUUCAAUUCAAUUCAAUUCAAUUCAAAGGGGUUGCAUUAGUUAAGAAUGAUGGUUUGAAAGAUCCCAUAAUUUUCUCUACCCCAAAAACAAAGAGUAUUUUUGAAGAUCACAGGCUCAAAAAUGGAACGCCUUGUUUCAAGGUACUACGUUCUUUUCUUCUUCUUCUUCAUCUUCUGCUCUCUCCUUUCUCUUGUCCCUCUUGUCAGAUCAGGGGAUGCAGAGGCGCUUUUAACCCUGAAAUCAUCCAUGGAUCCUUUCAACUCAUUGCCCUGGCAAGGAACCAAUGUCUGUGAAUGGAGAGGAAUCAAGGACUGUAUGAAUGGAAGAGUAACAAAACUUGUACUAGAGUAUCUAAACUUGACUGGUACUUUAGAUGAAGAAAGCUUGAAUCAGUUAGAUCAACUUCGGGUUUUAAGUUUCAAAGGAAACUCACUUUCAGGUAAAAUACCUGACCUUUCUGGCCUAGUCAAUCUCAAAUCACUUUUCCUCAACGAAAAUAACUUCACAGGCGAAUUCCCAGAAUCAGUUUCAGGUUUACAUCGCUUGAAAACCAUAGUUUUGUCAGGAAAUCACAUCUCUGGUCACAUUCCACCUUCUUUACUCAAACUCAAUCGCUUGUACACUCUUUACUUGCAAGACAAUAACUUGAAUGGUACAAUCCCACCUUUGAAUCAAACAAGUCUUAGAUUCUUCAAUGUUUCUAAUAACCAACUUUUUGGUCAAAUCCCUGUGACCCCAGCCCUGGUUCGGUUCAAUAUAGCUUCAUAUUCUGGUAAUAUUGAUCUUUGCGGGGAGCAGAUUGAAAACCCAUGUCAAACAAUCAAUUUUGGGCCAGCAACGAGUCCUGCUUAUCCCAAUGUUCGAAGUUCAAAAGCCUCAUCAAACAAACAUACCAGGUUGAUCAAGAUUGUAGUAGGAAGUGUCGGUGGGUUUUUGCUGCUACUUGUCAGCUUGUUUUUGGUGUGUUUUGUUAGCAAAAGGACACGUGAAAAGGAUAGCUCAAAGGGGGUUAAAAGCAAAGGGGUUGUUAGCGUAGAAGGGGUGGAGGAAGCGGAGGUGUUAGGCUGCGGCGGCGGCGGAGGAGGAGGAGGAGGAGGAAGCGGUGGUAUGGGAGGUAAUAAUAGUGGCAAACAAGGAGGGUUUUGGGAGAGUGAGGGUCUAGGGAUUUUGGUGUUCUUAGAAGCAGGUGAUCAGCAGAUGAGUUAUAGCUUGGAAGAUCUGUUAAAAGCAUCAGCUGAGACUUUGGGGAGAGGUACAAUGGGGAGUACUUACAAAGCUGUGAUGGAAUCUGGAUUCAUCGUGACCGUUAAAAGGUUGAAAGAUGCUAGAUAUCCAAGAUCAGAGGAGUUCAAGAGACACAUGUACUUGCUUGGUCGGCUCAGGCAUCCUAAUUUGGUCCCACUUAGAGCUUAUUUCCAAGCCCAGGAGGAACGCUUGCUCGUAUAUGAUUAUUUCCCCAAUGGAAGCCUCUUUUCUCUCAUCCACGGAACAAGAGCUGCUGGUGGUGGAAAGCCUCUUCAUUGGACGUCAUGUCUGAAAAUAGCCGAGGACUUGGCUACCGGACUGCUUUAUAUUCACCAAAAUCCGGGCUUGACUCAUGGGAAUUUGAAAUCCUCUAAUGUGUUACUCGGUCCUGAUUUUGAGUCUUGCCUUACAGAUUAUGGUCUCACUUUAUUUCGAGAUCCAGACUCUGUGGAAGAGCCUAGUGCUGCUACAUUUUUCUAUAGGGCACCUGAAUGCAGGGACAUCCGCAAAUCAUCCACCCAACCAGCCGAUGUUUACAGCUUUGGUGUUCUACUCCUGGAGCUCCUAACAGGCAAAACUCCCUUCCAAGACCUUGUUCAGGAGCACGGGUCCGACAUUCCUAGGUGGGUAAGAUCAGUACGUGAAGAAGAGACUGAGUCUGGGGAUGAGCCUAACUCAGGUAACGAGGCAUCUGAGGGGAAGCUUCAGGCUCUUUUGAACAUUGCAAUGGCUUGUGUUGCACUUGCACCAGACGACCGUCCUGCAAUGAGGGAUGUUUUAAAGAUGAUUAGAGAUGUGAGGGCAGAGGCUCAAAUGUCAUCUAACAGUAGUGACCAUUCGCCAGGAAGAUGGUCGGACACUGUUCAGAGCUUGCCUAGAGAUGAACAUCUAAGCAUAUAAGCCUGUGAUGGAUUUGGCAGGCAUUAAAUUUAAGCGUUGUAAUUCUUUCCCAUUGAAACUAUCAUAUUCGUCCACUAGCCAUAUUGUAGAGUUGCCUCGUAAAGGUUUUACCGU